ACGUACAAAUCCAAAAACCCCUCCAAAACCUCCACAUUAUUAUCCUCAAACCUCUCUUCCACCUCUUCAAUGGAGGAAUUUCCAUCUCCAUCUUCAUUUUCACUUCCUUAACCUCCUUACUACUCACUCCUCUUCUUCUACUCUCUUACCUUAUUCUUCAAUGUCUUUUCUUUUUUCACCUGCCCCAGAUGUUUCCUCUUCCCGACCUCUACUAGCCUUCAAACUCCGCUCAUUUCCCACCCUAUGGGGAUGGGGACUCUUCAACCGCAACUGUACCUUCCGCCAUUUCCCUAACCGAUGUGUUUCGGUUACUAAUGUUGCCUAUGCCGAAGAUGUUAUAGUUCCUGGUACCGCCAAAUCCGCGAGGAGGAGAGACCAAAUUGAGCUUGAACGAGACUCUAUCUCGGUUCUCAAUGAGAGAAUUCUCCGAUUUCAUGGGAAGAGGGAUUCCUCGAGAACGACUAUGGACUCCGAGGAGGCGGACCGGUACAUUCAGAUGGUGAAGGAGCAGCAGCAAAGGGGUUUGCAGAAGUUGAAAGGGGAUAAACAAAGGAAAGAGAGCGAUGGGUUUAAUUAUAAGGUUGAUCCUUACACGCUUCGUUCUGGGGAUUAUGUUGUGCAUAAGAAGGUUGGUAUUGGCCGAUUUGUUAGGAUUAAGUUUGAUGUUCAGAAAGGUUCUACGGAGCCUACUGAGUAUGUGUUCAUUGAGUAUGCUGAUGGGAUGGCGAAGCUUCCUGUUAAGCAGGCGUCUCGAAUGCUGUAUCGCUAUAAUCUGCCAAAUGAAAACAGAAAACCUCGCACAUUGAGCAAAUUAAAUGAUACUACCACAUGGGAAAAAAGAAAGACUAAGGGAAAAGUUGCGAUUCAGAAAAUGGUUGUUGACUUGAUGGAACUGUAUCUACAUAGGUUGAAACAGAGAAGGUCUCCCUAUCCGAAAUGUUCGGCUAUGGAAGAAUUUUCUGCUCAGUUUCCUUACGAGCCUACAGUGGACCAAAAGGAGGCUUUCAGAGAUGUGGAGAGAGAUUUGACUGAGAGGGAAACUCCGAUGGACAGAUUGAUUUGUGGAGAUGUUGGCUUUGGUAAAACUGAAGUUGCAUUGCGUGCAAUCUUCUGUGUGGUCUCAGCAGGAAAGCAAGCUAUGGUUCUAGCACCAACUAUAGUCCUUGCCAAACAACAUUUUGAAGUUAUCACACAAAGGUUUUCUUCAUUUCCUGAUGUCCAGAUUGGAUUGUUGAGCAGGUUCCAGACAAAAGCAGAGAAAGAGAAACAUCUUGAAAUGAUCAAAGAAGGUCAAUUGAAUAUUAUUGUUGGGACUCAUUCACUCCUUGGAGAUCGUGUUGUAUAUAGUAAUUUAGGGCUUCUAGUUGUUGAUGAGGAACAGAGGUUUGGUGUCAAACAGAAGGAGAAAAUUGCAUCUUUUAAAACUUCAGUUGAUGUUCUCACUCUCUCCGCAACACCAAUACCUCGGACCCUAUAUUUAGCAUUGACUGGAUUUCGUGAUGCUAGCUUGAUUACAACUCCACCUCCGGAAAGAGUCCCAAUAAAAACCCAUCUCUCAUCAUUCAGUAAAGAAAAAGUGAAAUCAGCUAUAAAAUAUGAGCUGGAACGUGGAGGCCAAAUUUUUUAUGUUUUACCUCGAAUUAAAGGACUUGAAGAAGUGAAGGAAUUUCUUGAGGCGAGCUUUCCAGACAUUGAAAUAGCACUUGCUCAUGGCAAGCAAUACUCAAAGCAACUUGAAGAAACCAUGGAAAAUUUUGCACUUGGUGAUAUUAAGAUUCUUAUUUGCACAAAUAUUGUUGAAAGUGGUCUGGAUAUUCAAAAUGCAAACACCAUCAUUGUUCAGGAUGUUCAACAAUUUGGGUUAGCCCAAUUAUAUCAGCUGCGUGGACGAGUGGGCCGGGCUGACAAGGAAGCAUAUGCAUACUUAUUUUACCCAGACAAGUCUCUGCUAUCUGACGAAGCACUGGAAAGGCUUGCUGCUCUUGAAGAUUGCCGUGAACUUGGGCAAGGUUUUCAACUUGCUGAGAGAGACAUGGGCAUACGAGGAUUUGGUACCAUCUUUGGCGAGCAACAAACUGGUGACGUUGGAAAUGUGGGCAUUGAUCUCUUCUUUGAAAUGCUUUUCGACAGCUUGUCCAAGGUUGACGAACAUAGGGUAGUCUCUGUCCCGUACCAGUCAGUGAAGAUUGAUAUCGAUAUUAAUCCUCAUUUGCCUUCUGAGUACAUUAAUUAUUUGGAGAAUCCCAUGAAAAUACUUAAUGGAGCUGAGAGAGCAGCUGAGACAGACAUUUGGACUUUAAUGCAAUUUACUGAGAAUUUACGCCGUCAUCAUGGAAAAGAGCCGUAUUCCAUGGAGAUUCUCCUGAAGAAGCUUUAUGUGAGAAGAAUGGCAGCGGAUCUAGGAAUUUCUCGGAUAUAUGCUUCUGGAAAGGUUGUUUGCAUGGAAACUAACAUGAAUAAGAAAGUUUUCCAGUUGAUAUCAGAUUCGAUGACAUCAGAGGUGCAUCGGAAUUGUUUGUCUUUUGAGGAACAUCAGAUCAAGGCUGGUCUUCUCUUAGAGCUACCUAGAGAACAACUGCUAAAUUGGGUCUUUGAGUGUUUGGUGGAACUUCAUGCUUCCCUCCCAGCCCUAAUCAAAUACUAGCUCUUAUUACAGCAGAUUUUACAAUGAUUUUCUUAAUCACAUGGCUGCUACGUGCAUAUAACAUCCACUCAUCAGGCUUGUUAUUUUAAAAGCCUCGAAUAACGGUCUCUGAUCAAGAAGCGUUUGACAUGGAAGAUCUCAAAUCAUGAUAUGCAAUACCAAGAAAAGGUAUAUACAUUUUGUUAGUAAGUUGGAACGAGCUGAUGGAAGCCACUAAAGAGAAUAGUUUCAAGGUAAGCCAUGUGAAAACUGAAAACUCGCCAAAAUGUAUACCAGUGUGCAGGAUCUGAUCGUGUAUAUGAGUUAUGACGACAUCGAGACUUCGACAAUGGCUAAGACUUCACUCAGGUCACAAUUUGUUCUGUCCCUUCCCUUGUGUCUGUCUAUAUAUAAUAUUCAUUAAAUCUUGGUAUCAAGUAGUUGGAUUAGAAGCAAAGUUUUAUUCUCAUCAUAACUUUUACCUCUAAUUUAUUGCAAAUUUUCUAUAUAUGAGAUGAGGGUAUGUUGUAAAGAAAUCAUAAGUUUGUAACUCUAAAAAGUUUAGGGAAGGGUUGAAGUAGGAACCAUCAGACAUACAGUUAUCAUUCGAACAUUUUGCAAGAAAAUAGUGAAAAGGGUUAUAUACUAUUUUUAUCCA